AUGAUUAGCUGAAGGAAUUGGCUGCUUCUGCCAAUCAUAAUCCUCCCAAGCCGCCUUUAUAGUUCUGUAGACAUGAGGGGGAGAGGGAGGGAGAGGGAAAAGAGGAGGACAGCCAGGCAAGAGGCACAGCCAGCCACAACAGCGGCGGCAGCAGGAGCAGCUGGUAUUCCGGUGAUUAAGUAGUUCUCAUCGCCUUUUUGCUGUUCUGUGACUGCUCCCUGGUGUAAUUCCUAUGUCCGAAAAGGAAGCUGCAUUUAAACAGCAGGCAGAACAGAGGUUUGAAUCAUUCCAGCUGGCUGCUUGUUUUGAAUAGGGACUGUGUGAAUAAAUAAAAAUGUGACCAUUCCAGAGGAGUUUGGUGGCUGAGAGAUGGAGCAGGAGGAGUCUUCCUGGGAUACUGUUCAAGCAGCAGGCACAAUAUUUGCAAAAGGGAAAAGGGAACAACUCCUUGCUGGCUCCCUGGAACUGAAGGAAAAGACUUCAAGAGGCGUCUGCCCCAUCCCCUCAUGCUUGGAAAGGACAAUUACUUGAAAAGGAUCUCUCUUCUGCUCAGAAUUCUGCUGCCUGAGACAUCAGAAGGAAAGAAAGUGCUGUGAGAAAGAUACCAAGAGAGAAAAUACCAGUCUUCUAAUACUGUGGUCUUUACCUGUGCAAAGGGUCCAGGGUAGGAAAUUUGAUAAUGUUAAGUGUCUCCUCCAUUGAUUAUUGGCUACUGGUGUGCUCAGCGAAGACUGUGUCCAAUAUAGAUUUCCAACUCUGUGGACUUCCUACUCUAAGAGUUUCAUAGUCUUGUCCAUCCCCCUUAUAAAUGCAUUGCAAUGGUCACAUGAAUGUUCAAAGAGUGGUACAGAUCCUGUCCCUUGGUCCGUUCAUAAUGGCACUUUAGAAGGAAAAAGCCAGUUUUUUAAAAAACAAAACUGAAAGUGCUGCAAAAAAUGAAUUUGAUUGUGAAACUUCGUAGAAGUUUCCGAACAUUAGUAAUCCUCCUAACCACCUUUUGUUUAGCGAGCAUAGUCAUUUCUGCUUAUUACUUGUAUUCAGGUCACAAGCAAGAAAUUACCCUCAUUGAUACCACAGGAGGGGCAGAGUGUGAGGACUUUAAGCUUUUGCCGUACAGGUCCAUGGAACUUAAAACUGCUAAGCCAAUUGAUCCAUCUAGGACUGAACCUACUGUACUGCUGUUCGUUGAAAGCCAGUACUCUCAGCUUGGCCAGGAUAUCAUAGCCAUUCUGGAGUCUAGUCGUUUUCAGUAUCAAAUGGUGAUUGCAUCGGGGAAAGGGGACAUUCCUCCUCUUGCAGAUAACGGCAAAGGAAAAUACAUACUUGUAAUAUACGAAAAUAUUUUGAAGUAUACAUCCAUGGAUUCGUGGAACAAAGAACUUCUGGAAAAAUACUGUGUGGAAUACAGUGUUAGCAUAAUUGGUUUUCAUAAAGCCAAUGAGAACAGCUUGUCAAGCACUAGACUCAAAGGAUUUCCAUUGCAUCUUUACAACAAUGUAGCUCUUCAAAACUGCUUAGUAAAUCCCCAGUCUCCUCUAUUGCAUAUUACCAAAGCCCCACGGGUUGACAAAGGCCUGUUACCAGGUGAAGACUGGACCGUUUUCCAAUAUAAUCACUCCACUUACCAAGCAGUGCUUUUAACAGAACUUCAGGCUUCCAAACCAUUCCCAGCAUCGCUGCCUAAGAUUUCUCUUUAUGCUACAGUGAUUCAGGAUCUGGGCCUUCAUGAUGGGAUUCAGAGAGUUCUUUUUGGAAACAACUUGAACUUUUGGUUGCAUAAACUCAUUUUUAUAGAUGCCAUCUCUUUCUUGUCAGGGAAGAUGCUCACAUUGUCCCUGGAUAGGUACAUUCUUGUUGACAUUGAUGACAUCUUUGUUGGGAAGGAAGGGACAAGGAUGAAUGUAAAAGAUGUGAAGGCCUUACUAGAGACUCAAACUUUACUACGCACUCAGGUUGCAAAUUUUACCUUCAACCUUGGAUUUUCAGGAAAAUUUUACCACACAGGAACCAUUGAAGAGGAUGAAGGUGAUGACCUAUUGCUAAAUUCUGUGGAUGAGUUCUGGUGGUUUCCACAUAUGUGGAGUCACAUGCAACCUCAUCUCUUUCAUAACGAGUCAUCGCUGGUGGAGCAGAUGAUUCUCAACAAGGAAUUUGCACUAGUGAGUAAUCUUGGAAUGUCUUUAGGAGAAAAUCCACAUCAUUCUGGUGUACCAUCCUGUCUUCACAUUCAGCUUUUUUACGAAGCUCUAAAGAAAGUGGGGUAUUAAAGUCACUCAGUAAUUAUAGAGUAUCCUCAUCUAAAACCUGCACGGUACAGGCGGGGCUUCAUCCACAAUGGCAUCAUGGUUCGGAUUCCCGCUUUAGCGCUUCCGUUAAGUGACCUCUGGCUGUGCCCAGAACAGUCCAUUACAUGGAGGCAGGUAAGCACGGAAAGCAUUCCAAGUGCCCUCACAAGAAUUCAGGACAAAAGCAUCCAGGGCUUAACUCUGUUUCUUACCAUCCUUCUCAACCCAAUCAGUAUCUUCAUGACUCACUUGUCCAACUACGGGAAUGACCGCUUGGGUUUGUACACCUUUGUCAAUCUGGCCAGCUUUGUUCAAAGCUGGACCAACCUGAAGCUUCAGACUCUGCGUCCAGUUCAGCUGGCUCACAAAUAUUUUGAUCUUUUCCCCGAGCAAAAAGACCCACUGUGGCAGAAUCCAUGUGAUGACAGACGCCAUCGAGAUAUCUGGUCUAGAGAGAAAUCUUGUGAACACCUGCCAAAAUUUCUUGUGAUUGGUCCACAGAAAACAGGAACAACAGCACUUUAUUUAUUUCUCCUUAUGCAUCCUUCCAUCAUUAGUAAUCUACCCAGUCCAAAAACCUUUGAAGAAGUUCAGUUCUUUAAUGGAAACAACUACCACAAGGGAAUCGACUGGUAUAUGAAUUUUUUCCCUACUCCUUCUAAUAUCACCACUGAUAUUGUAUUUGAGAAAAGUGCCAACUACUUCCAUUCAGAAGAAGCUCCCAAACGUGCUGCCUUCCUCAUUCCCAAGGCAAAACUCAUCACCAUUCUCAUUGACCCAUCGGACCGAGCAUACUCCUGGUAUCAGCAUCAGCGUUCUCACGAAGAUCCUGCUGCUUUGAAGUUCAAUUUUUAUGAAGUGAUUACCUCAGAUGACUGGGCACCCCCUGAGUUAAAGACUCUACAGAAACGCUGUUUGACUCCUGGAUGGUAUGCAGUGCAUAUUGAAAGAUGGCUAACAUACUUCCCCACUUCGCAGUUGCUCAUUGUUGAUGGACAGCAGCUCCGAAGUGAUCCAGCUACUAUAAUGGAUGAAGUGCAGAAGUUUCUGGGAGUUUCUCCUCAUUAUAAUUAUUCAGAAGCCCUAACGUUUGACCCUCAGAAAGGCUUUUGGUGUCAGUUGUUGGAGGGAGGAAAGACAAAAUGCCUGGGGAAAAGCAAAGGCCGAAAGUACCCAUCAAUGGAUCAAGAGUCCAGGGCAUUCCUUUCAAACUACUACAGAGAUCACAAUGUAGAACUCUCCAAACUGCUGCACAGACUAGGACAGCCCUUGCCAUCUUGGUUAAGACAAGAGCUUCAGAAAGUGAGAUAGCCCGGAAGGUGAAAGAAGCCAAAGUUUCACGGCCUGUUUCUUUCGCUCAAACACCCUGCACUUUCCCAGUCCACUUGCAAUCAUCAGUCCUGGAUCCCAUGAAUAAUUCUCUCUCAAAAGAAAAAAAACCCUCCUAAAG